CACUUCUUAGUAGGCACUGCACUUACCGGGUAAAUCUCAGUGUAAAAAUUUCCUGGUUUUCCUCACAAAAGCGAAAAAGAUGUUCCAAACAGCUUACAGCUUUCUUUCAUGGCUGUUGAAUGGUGGCAACCAGAAAGAUGGAUUCUUACCAGCAGCUUUCCUAUUUCUGGUUGCCAUGUUGGGGCUUUCACUCUGGUACCCAUUUCUAAAGGCAAGGAAACCGAUGGCUCCAUUACCGCCUGGUCCCCUUGGGUUGCCAAUAGUGGGGUAUCUUCCAUUUCUUGGAUUCGAUAAUCUCCAUCUGGUCUUUACGGAGUUGGCCGGAGUUUACGGUCCUAUCUACAAACUUUGGCUUGGAAACAAGCUAAUCGUAGUAAUUAGCUCUCCAUCGCUUGUAAAAGAAGUGGUUCGUGACCAUGAUAUAGCCUUUUCAGAGCGAGAACCUCCCAUUGCUGCGCAGAUUAUUACCUUCGGCACUAAUGAUAUUGCAUUCGACUCUUACAGCAGUCCCAGCUGGAAACACAAGCGCAAAAUUCUCGCAUCCGAUAUGCUUAGCAGCGCUAAUCUUAAUGCCUGUUAUGAUCUACGGCGAGAAAAAGUGAUGGAAAUGGUGGGGGAUGUGUAUGAAAACGUCGGUAAGCUGAUUGAUGUCGGUGAAUUGGCAUUUCGUACGUUAACCAGUUUGAUCGGCAACAUGGUGUGGGGAGGCGAAAUCCAAGGAGAGCAAAGGACUAUCGUGGAGAGUCAGUUCAAAAAGAUUUUUGCAGAGAUAAUGGUGUUUUUGGGAAAACCAAACAUUUCCGAUAUUUUUCCAUCGAUUGCUUGGUUUGACAUACAAGGCAUUGAGAGGGGAAUGAAGAAAAUCCGUCAAUCGUUCAAUGAAUUUUUGGAUUCAGUGAUUGAAGAAAGAAUGAAGAAGGAAACUGGUGAACAAAAAUCUGAUGUGUUACAGAUGCUCUUGGAUUUACAUAAGAACCAAGAUAGCCCUUCAUCACUUACAAUGAAUCAAAUCAAGGGUAUCCUAGUAAACAUUGUGGUGGCUGGAACAGAUACUACUUCGGGUUCAACAGAGUGGGCAAUGUCAGAGCUGAUGCAACAUCCAGAAAUAAUGGAGAAAGUGAAGAAAGAAUUAAAUGAUGUCAUUGGGGUAAACAACACUGUUGAAGAGUUUCACUUGCCUAAUUUAAGAUACCUAAAUGCAGUGAUAAAGGAAACCUUCCGAUUACAUCCAGUAUUGCCGCUCCUUGUUCCCCGAUGUUCAGCCCGAUCGCUCACUGUGGGUGGCUAUACCAUACCAAAGGGUAGUAGGGUGUUCCUAAAUACGUGGUCCAUUCACAGGGACCUUAAUAUUUGGGACAAUCCUAUGGAAUUUCAACCUGAGAGGUUUUUAAAUGAGCCUGGAAAAUUAGAUUUCCGUGGAAAUGAUUUUCGAUAUUUGCCGUUCGGGUCCGGAAGGAGAAAGUGUCCAGGCAUUAACUUGGGGGAGAAGAUGUUAUCUUUCAUAUUGGCCUCAUUGCUGCAUUCUUUUGAGUGGAAAUUGCCCCAGGACGAAAAGGUUGACCUUUCUGGUAAAUUUGGAAUCAUUAUGGGUAAAAAGAACCCUUUACAUCUGAUUCCCACACCAAGAUUAACUAAUCUUGAGCUUUACAAAAGAAAAUCGUAAACUAUUGAUAAUUGUCCAAUUUCUCUAUUUAUCAGUCAUAUUUUUCACCGUA